AUGGCAACUAUUGUUGAAUAUCCAACAACAUCCGAUGAUGAAGAAGAAUCACUAGAGGAUGAAAAGACAACGAGUGGAUCAUUUCGAAAUGGAGAUUUUCAAGGACGACUUUUUAAAUGGACUAAUUAUUUACAUGGAUGGCAAGAAAGAUAUUUGAUAUUAAAAAAUGGAUUUCUAAAUUAUUAUAAGAAUGAAUUUGAUAUUGGCCUUGGUUGUCGAGGUGCUCUUUCUGUUAAACAAGCUCUUAUUCAGUCUCAUGAAUUUGAUGAAUGUCGUUUUGAUAUACGUGUUGGUGAUUCAGUAUGGUAUAUACGUGCACAUAGUCCUGAUGAUCGUGAACGUUGGAUACAAGCUUUAGAAGAUCAUAAACAAUUAUGUAAAAGUGAAUCUGGUUAUGGAAGUGAAACAAGUUUAAGACGUCAUCCUAGUCUUGGUUCAUUAGCAUCUACGGCAAGUACUAGUGCGACAUCAACUGGAUCAUUCAAAAAAGAUCGUAAUUUAAAAGAGAAAUUAAGUGAAUUAGAAACAUUUAGAGAAUUACUUGUACAACAAGUAUCUACGCUACAAACUUAUUUUGAUGCAUGUGCCAAUGCAGUAACAACAGGAUUUGAGCCAUAUCAAAAAGAAUAUGAGAAUGCAAAUGAUUUAGAUUUUGAAGAAUCGUUAGAUAAAAUUAGUUCAAUAUCAAUCUCAUCAGAUGAUACAAUCAAAAAUUCAUCGACAAAACCGAGAAUUGAUCAAUUAGCACUUGGUGAUCAUGCAGCAAUGGCAGUUGAUUUUAAAGGAGAAGCUUUAACAUUUAAAGCAACAACGGAUGGUGUGAUACAUAAUUUAGCUUUUUCUAUUGAAUUAAUGCAAAAACGAGAAGAUAUUUGGAGAAAAAAAUAUGACAAAGAAUUGGAACGUCGAAAGAAAUUUCAAGAUUUAUAUAGUAAAGUAAAUAAACAGAAAAUUCCUUCAUUUGGUUCACCAGAUUCCGAAGAAGGACCACAUAGUACAUUAAAAGAAGAGGAAUUUUUUGAUGCACUCGAUCAAUCUCUUGAUCGUAUCGAUCGUGAUACUGAUAGUUAUCAACGAUUUGUAAACUAUACAUAUCCACCUAAAAUAAUUUCAUCCUAUUCAUCAUUAUCAAAUUAUGUUGGUGAUAUACAACCUUUUUAUCAAAAAAAUAAAAAGUUCUCAUUGAUACCAACUGAGUCAUUUCAGUUACUUACUCACAUCUCAUCUAUUGGUAUUCAUACUAUAGAUGAGAAUUCGACUAACAUUUCUGAAAAUAAUACAUUGAAAGAUGAUUCUAAUUCAUUGUUAUUGGAUGAGUUAAAACUAUCAUCCAAAUCAAAAACGUCUAAUAAUUCUACAGUAAAUCAAUCAAAAUCUCCAUCUAAAAGUUCUUCAAGUACAGUUACUAAUGGAACAGUUAUAUCAUCACCGGAUGAAGGUAAUCUAGUUAUUCAAGGCAAACAUCGAUUAUCUAAUGAAAUUGAACGUAUUGUUCAAGAUCAUUUAAAAUAUGUACAUGAAGAUGUAUCUCAUGGUUGGGAUUUAAUACAUCAAGAAGGUGAAAUGAAAGUUUAUCGACGUGAAGUUGAAGAGAAUGGAAUUGUUGUUGAUCCACUUAAAUGUUUUCAUACAAUCAAAGGUGUUACCGGUCAUGAAAUUUGCCGAUAUUUUUAUGAAUUUCAAUAUCGAAUGGAAUGGGAAACAACACUUGAUUCAACGAAAAUUAUUGAAGUAUUAGAUCCAGAUACCGUGAUAUUUUUUCAAUUACAUAAACGUGUAUGGCCAGCUGCACAACGUGAUUCAUGUUUUUGGUCUCAUAUUCGAUGUAUAUCUAAUUCAGAUGAAGAUCAACCAACAUGGCUUGUAGUUAAUUAUACCACACCACAUCAACUUGCUCCAAUUAAAUCACCUCAAGUUCGUCUUAUAGCCAAUGUUGCUUUAAUAUGUGAAACAAUCAUAAGUGAACCACCACUUGAUCCACAAGAUAUUAAACGACAAAAUAUUGAAUGCAAACUUACAUAUGUUGCUUUUAUUAAUCCUGGCGGUUGGGUACCAAGUGCAGCAUUAAGAGGUGUGGCAAAACGUGAAUAUCCACGUUUUAUUAAACGUUUUACAUCGUAUGUAGUCGAACAAACACGCAACAAACCAAUUCUAUUUUGAUUUCAAUUCCUACGUUUUCUUUUCUGACGAACUUUUUUCUUUUCUUUAUGAUUUAAUUUGACAGUCUGUCUCUUAUUUUUUUUUUCUGCAUAUCAAUAUUUCUUUUGUUAUUGAUGUUGUUAUUUCCACAAUUUUUCGACAUUGCUUACUUGUCUGUAUACAUACCAUGUGAUGAUAUGAAUAUUUCUUCUUCUUCUUCUUUCUUUUUUUUUUU